GAGAAGUUAAAUUUUCAUUUUAUCUCGUGUAAAAAUGCCGACGGUUAUAGCGUUAGACGUAUCUCUGUCAAUGAGACGUCCAAUACUAAACAGUGGAUCUGCUGAAAAUAAUCAAAAUGAACAGUUAACUAGACAUCACUUAGCUGUCCAUGGAAUAAAUGCAUUGUUACACUAUUUGCAAGUUAAUUCGAAAUUGGAAUUUGUAGCUUUGGUUGUUUUUUCGUCGUUGUACGAAGUUAUUUGUCCAUUUACUCGUGAUUAUGAUAGCAUACGUUCAAAAUUACAAAACAUUGAAGAAUGUGACAAGACUUGUAUUGAAACUGCUCUUCAUGGUGUCAAUAAUGUUAUCAUGGCAGAGUGGGGUAAUACUACAGCAUGUCAAGUAGUAUUAAUUACUGAUGGUAACCCUGGAGUAGGACCAAUGUCUUUAGGCGAUUCAUUGAAUUCAUUAAAUUUAACAAGGGAUGUAAAUCCAUUUCCAUUACCAUUUCCUUAUCCAGGAAAGUUAAGUAUUGUAUGCAUUGCACCACAACAAGAACCUGGUUUACAUAUUGGUUUACCACUUUACCAGCGAUUAGUUGAGCUGGCUGGUGGUGAUAGUGUGGUACUUGUUCCUGACACACCACUUUCAAAACAUUCAGUCACAACUUGUUUUCAGAAAUUAGCAGAAACUAAUUAUGUUUCUUUUCAAGGCUAUUUAAAAUGUGGAAAUUUAGGAUCCAGAGUCCUUUUAUCACCAGCACCAAUGCCUUACACUAAGAAAACAGAUUUUGAAUUGGUUUCUGGUUUGAUGAUAUCAAAAACAAUAGAAAUUUGUGGAUUUAUAUCAGUAGCAGAUGUUGGUAGUCCUAGUGCUAUAUCUAGACAUUUAGUUUUACCAUUAGCUACAGAAAAGAGUUCAAGCAUGCAAGGAAUAUCUCUAGAAGAAGAUUCAGAUACAGAUGAAAAUGGAGAUGAAGGAAAAGUACCCUCUUUUUGUGUGCUAUUACAUGGGGCUUUGAAGGUUGAAAAUAUGGUAGCACUCUGUUUGUUAAAUAAUGAGUGGUAUGGUUUUAUAUACUCGUGGGCAGAUACAAAAAAGAAAUCAAAUUUAAUGUUAACAGUGUUAGAACCGGGUUUAGAUGUUGUACCUUGGUUAGGGAACUUUAGCAAUUUGGGCCCACUUGAUGCAGCUAAAGGUGCUGCUGUUAGUUUCCCAGUUAGACCAAAUGAAAAAAGAAGUUAUACUCAGAACGCACCAUCUUGGAUUCGCCAAGUUGGACUGCAAUCCGAUAUUCAGAAAAUUUUAAGACACGCAAGAAAAUUACCCGAAAAAACACAAAACUUCUAUAAGGAGGUAAAUCGAUUACGUAGAGCUGCUGCAUCAAUGGGAUUUGUAGAACUUUUGGAAGGAUUGGCAUGUAUUUUGGAGCGUGAAUGUACAUUAUUACCACCAAAUUUGAACCCUGAUUGUACAAUACAAAUGGGUCAUGUAGCAUCUAUGAUAAGGAAACCCGAAUUUCUUGAACUUAGAUAUAAUAUACCACCAGCUCGUACAAGAUUUCAACAUGGAGGAUCUUAAAUAAGGCAAUAAUGUAAUUUGUAAUAUAUUAAUGUAUUUAUAUAGAUAACAAUUUCUAUAUUAAAAAUAAUUUUUAUAUUUUA